AUGGCAACUCGAACAGACACAACGAUGGAUAAAGUAUUCAAGCUUUUGGAAAACUACAAACUAGAGAAGUUUUACAACCAAUUUGUUGAACAUGGGAUUGAGGAGGUGCAGGAUUUCAUUGACGGGGUCACUGAUGAGGACUUGGACAACAUGAGGUCCCUGAAAGACCGGCACAUUGAAAAUGGGAGUGAACUGGACUAUGAAUGGACUGUCAGUGAAACACUACAUGAUCUUGGAAUCAGUGAAGACACAGUGCUGCAAAUCUCUUUGUCUUCAUUUCAUGAUAAAGUACCGCACAUGAUCGAAUUCUGCCAAAGUGAUAUCACACCAUCAGUGAAACAAACAGAGAAGGGCCUCAGUGCCUUUUUCUCAGCUUUGAAUGCCAUUAGAAUGCAAAAUGGAGGAGUUUGGUUCAAGAAAGUGAUUGCAUACAUUCGGAAAAUCAGUGGAUGCAAUGCCUUGGCUCAGAGCUUGUUUCAGGUUGUGUGCCAAAACAGGACUGGUACACGGGUCCAGAAGAUUGCCAUAGUUGAAGGACUCUACUAUCUCUUCCGGGAGUUGUUACCCAGCCAUACAAAAAGAUCUGAUGACAGGAUAAUCGAGGACAUUGAUGUUUUUGAGUAUGCCCCAGUUUGCUGGGCCUACCUCUUGUCUCAAGCAAAGGACGUGAGCACAGAGCAUGAAAACUAUUCUCCAAUUUCCCUGAAGGCACAGUCAACAGAUCAGCGUUUUUCUGAGCCGGUGCGUGUACCGGACGUGCCUGAAGUUUUUGAGAGAGCGUAUGUGCUGGAUUUAAUUAGAGAGGGUGGUAGAAUUCCAAACUGUAAUGAGCUGAAUCUUAAGGAGACGUCACUGAAAAAAGCCACUGAUGUUGAAAAGAUUUUGCUCAGUCUACCGCCAUUUAUUGAAUCCUUCCCCCUUUGGACUGACUGUGAUGGUACUACUCCUGAUUCCAGAACUCCUCAAAGAAUUAAUGUUUUCGACCCUCUUGCUGGAGAAUACACCAGAGUGAAUAUUGAUGAACUGGCUAAUAAACUGAGAGACGUCAGAGAUGAUCUAACUCUCAAAGUCACCAAGACUCCAAAAGAAGCUAUUGUGGUACUUCUUGAUUCAAGUUCCUCCAUGGGUGAGGAGUGUUUUGACAAAGACUGCAAAAUGAAGCGAAUUGAAGCCGUCAAAGAAAUAUUUGAUAGCUUUGCCAACCGAUGCAUGGCUUAUAAUUUUGAACAAGUCAUCUGCCUUGUGAAAUUCGACUCUAUAGUGAAAACUCUUCAUACAUUCACAGAAACAGUGGAAACAUUUAAGGAGCAUGUUCAUGGACUUCAGGCAUCUGGAGCCACUUUACUGUAUGAUGCUUUAAAUCGGGGAUGCAAAGAACUUAAGCAAAUCAGACAGAGAUUUCCAGAUUGCCGAUGUCGCAUUUUAUGCCUGACAGAUGGAAAUGAUUGUGGAUCAAUGUGUACACCGGUUGACACUGCAAAAAGGUUGAUGGCUUCAAAAAUUGUCGUUGAUGCUGUGCUGAUUGGUACAGUGGAUAACGCUGAGUUGCAUGGGAUCAGCAAUGUUACAGGUGGUUACUGUUUUAAGCCUGAAACAAGCAAAGCAGCCUUGCAACUCUUUGAGAUGGAAACAGUCUUGUCACUGGAACUAAGGAAGGAAAAGAAACACUUUGAUAUUUCAUCUAUUAACAAAGUGGAUGACCUGAACAUUUUUGGGACCUAUGGUUAUGAUGUCAAACCAGAGGUUAAAUUGCCUCCUCAGAUACACAACAAAGUGACACUGACAAAGAAUGCUUUGAAAAACCGGAUCAAGGAAUCCAAGAGAAUGUUCGUUUUUGAGAAGGACAAGAGGAUUUUGGAAGAGCUCAAGAAUCUUCAUUGUGACCCUCACCCUUUCUGCACAGUGCUGCCCUCUGAGUCCGAUUUCACCUUUUGGAAGAUCCUGAUGAGAGGUCCACCUGAUACCCCUUAUGAAGAUGGAGUCUUUGAGCUGUAUUGUGAGUUUGGUCCUGAAUACCCUGUGAAACCACCUCUCAUGAGAUUCUUCACCCCUGUGUACCACUGCAAUGUGAACAAUGUGGGAAGAAUCUGUCACAACGUUUUUGAUCGAAACUACUCAGCCCACAUUACCAUGAGAGAGAUCCUGGAUGCGAUAUUUGGGCUCUUGAUCGCUCCUGAACCAGAUGAUCCUCUUGACAGCAUUCUGGCAGAAGAAUUCCUGAGCAACAGACACAAAUAUGAGGAAGAAGCCAGGAAAAGUACAAAGAUGUAUGCCAGUUCCUCUCUGGAUGACUUGGAAAAGAAAUAUGUAGGUCCAGAGUUACAGAAAACUGUCAUUCCUCCUACUUUAACUUGUCCUCUGUCACACAAGUUGUUUGUUGAUCCAGUGAAAACUACAGAUGGGAUGGUGUAUGAGCGCAGUGCUAUUGAGGAUCAUGUGAAGCAGCAUGGAAGUACUGAUCCACUGACAGAGGAUGUGCUACAAAUCGCACACUUAAAGCCAGACCUGAAUACAAAGAAGGCUGCUAAGGAAUAUCGCAUGUCACAGAUCAAGGAAACGCCCGUUUAGGGUUUUUCAUUCAGAUGCACCAUUAUGAAAAUCUUGCGAAUUAUCAGAGCAGUUUGAAUUGUUAUUAUCCCUGAAUGGGACCCUUUGUUCUCAAGUUUUCUAAAUAUGGGGCUUGUUCGAUCUUCCAAUGUAAGAUUUUACCCCUUUUAUUUUAGCAAUAUAUUAUUGCAUGUCUGUAAUUCAAAAUGUUGAUUUUGGUUUAAUGUUGGUUUGUGUGCUUUAUGACUCACUGUCAGUUCUCUGUUAGUAACUGCUAAAUUACAAAUCAAUAAAAGUAAUAUUAAAACUA